AGAAGAAGAAGAAAAAGGGCGGAACUUAUUUUGAAAUUCGGGACUGUUGAUGAAACUCGUUCUCUGAUUUUCCUUACAGGUUUUGUUUUUUGGAACUGUGUGGGGAUGUCCUCAAAAAUUCCAAGAGGUUUAAAUUUACCAGCAGAGGCUAAAACUGCUCAAAAAACAGAAAUGAAUCUCAGAAAUUCAAAGGAAAAUGUUCCAAGGAAACAUGUUGCUUCUAAGGCUCACAAAGGGAUUUCAACCAGAAACGGGCAACAAAUAGAGCUGAAGGAGCAAAAUCUAAACUUGGUGGCUACAAAUGAAGACCUGCAGAAACACUUGUCAGAGAAGGAGCAAAGGGUUGCUGAGUUGGAGCUACAACUCGGCGAGCUUCAAAAGGAGAAUGCAGAGUUUCAGAAAAACCUACAGGACUGUCACUCUCUCUUAGUUUCUGCCAAAAUAGACCCAGUUUUAGGGGAAAGGGUCGAAGAUGCAGCAAGGCAGAAAGAUACUGAAAGAAAAGAGGUUAUGAGUCUUUCAACCAACCUCCUGAGGGAACUUAAGGCCUUUGGGGACGUUGCAUCGGAACAGCUCACUCAGCUACAGGAAAUUCAAGAAACAACGGAGAAGAUCAUGAAAGAGCGUGAACUUAUCAAGCGAGAGAGGGAGAACUUCUCUGAGGAGGCUGCUGAAUUUGAGAGAGCCCUAAAAGAAGCAGAGGCACUCCUGUUGUAGAAUGAUGAAAACAAUCUUUGCUUUACCAAAUAGUUUUUUUUUUACAUUGAUUUUUUUUUCCAUAAGAUGUAAUGUUUAAAUAAAAUCG